GCUGGGCUGCGAGAUCGAAUUGGAUUUGGCGCCCGUGCUGCCUCUGCUAGGCAAUUAGACCGCUCACAGCACUCCUCCAGGCCAUACCUCCAUCGGUGUGCAGCCACAGCAGCCAUGAUCCUGCGGCUACCCUGCCUCGCUGCCUUGCUCGCCGCAGAGGCAUUACAAGCACCUCAAAAUGCGCACAUAGCGAUCACCGGCCCGGCGCCGCUCGCCAAGGCCGUCGGCGCGAAGUGCGUCGAGGCCGGCGCCAGAUUCUCGAUCGUCGUCGACGCGUCCUCGAGGCAAGCGGUGCGGGACGUCCUCGAGGGCAAGCCGCCGGUGACGCACGUCUGCGACGGCGGCUCACGGUCCGCGGCGGACGUGUCGCCCUUAUUCCUGGAGUGCUGCGGCGCGGAUCUGGUGCGAUGGUGCUCAUUGGCGGGCAGCGACGCGGCGAGCGUCGUCCGGGAUCAAUUGGGCCCGGACGUGGCGCGCGCCGUGGCUCUUGGGGAUGACGUCGACGCGGCGGCGGGCGGUUUUUUGGCGGCGGCGCUCGGCGACGGCGCACCGGAGCCGGCACCAGAGCCGGAGCCGGAGCCGGAGCCUGAGCCGGCGCCCGCGCCCGCUCCGGUGGCGGCCGCCCCGGUGACCGCGGCCGCGCCGGCACCGGCACCGGCGCCCGCCCCGGCACCGGCACCCGCGCCCGCUACGGCGCCGGCGCCGGCCGCGCCCGCGCCCGCAGAAAAGCCGCGCAAGCGCGACUACGUCAAGCUCAAGGUCGCCGAGCUCAAGGAUUUGUUGAGGGGCCGCGGCCUCAAGGUGUCGGGCAAGAAAGCGGAGCUCGUCGAGCGCCUCGAGGCGUCUGAGGAGGCCUAG